AUGCCACUAGCAUUGAAGGAAAGGCAUUUACCAACUUCACUUUCCUUGUAUUUUUACAAAAACUGGGAAAGUAAAAGAUUAUCUGAAAAUAUUGAAAAGGUCAUCAGGAGGAUGAAGGAAAUUAAGAAUCUUGAUUACUGGAGAAAUUACUUCGAAGGAGUAAAUUCUACUAUCUUUGAGAUUAUUUACAAUGCAAUCAUAGUGGCACCUACAGAUCACCCAAAGGAGUUUAGGCUCCAAAGGGGUCAGAUUGCAGAGAAACUCUACUGGUGCCACUGGAAUCAAUGUUGUGGGCAUGAUGAUCACAAUGAAGAAUGUGCAAGUGAUCUGAAAAUUGGUGGGGGUAAUAGGCAGAAUACUGUCAAUAGCAGUAGGGAUGCUCAUGCAGAGAUGAACACGGGCAAAUUUAGUUACAGCGAAGCCGAGGCAUUAACCGAUGAGAUUGAUGAAGAAAAUCAGAUUUUUGGAGAGGUUAUAAGGAUCAAGGAGAUUCUUGAUCAUUUUCAAGAUGAGUCUGAAACAGGAUUAUUCGAGUCCUUAAGGAGGCUACAAUUGAUGGUUCCUUCUGUGGAGAUUCUGCAGGCCACAAAGAUAGGAAAGGCAGUAAAUGCUCUUCGAGGGCACAGGUCAAACCAGAUUAGUCAGUUUGCAGGGACACUUGUUGAUGGUUGGAAGAUAAUGGUAACAGAAUGGAUUGAUGCUGCAGCAGCUAUUGUAGACAGUUCUUCACACUUGAACCCUUCCACUGUCGUUGAGGAAGGGCUCCCUUCUCCUCCACUUGAUGAAGGGGCGCCUCUCUUUGCCACUCAAACUCCAAUUGAGCUCUCACAGUUCUUUGAUGGCAUUGAUGAAGAUGAAAAUCCUGAAAACAACAUGGAGUACCAUGAAGAACAUCAUGAAAGUAGAAGACAUCCCCUGCCAGAAAACCAACAGAAUUCCAAGCAGAAAUCACAGCUUCCCAAGCAUUUCCUGCAAGAAUCUGUCGAUAAGUCAACUAAACCAUCAAAUUAUGAAUCUCCAUGCAAGAAGAAUAUAAUCCGUAAGAGUCAAUCAAGCAGUCAACAAGAUACAUGUAAGCUUUUCGAUGAUGCUGCAGUCGAAGCAAAACUCGAAGCUACAACACGAAAACUUCAACAAGGGUACCAACAAGCUGAGAACGCUAGAAAGCAAAGGACAACGAAAUUCAUGGAUUUCAAAGAACUUCCCAAACAGAAGCUUGGCCCUAGAAACCCAUAUCUGAAACGCAAGAAUUAUUUCCGGUAUCUCACACAUGGAAGGCACUGA